CAAAGUAAUUAGAAGAAUUAGCAGGAUCCAAUAACCUUGCAAAAGAGAAGCCUUUCACUGCUCUCUCCCUCUCUCCCUCUCUCUCCUGUCGUGAGCCUGAGCCACCACCGGGACUCACCAGACGACCGAUCUAGGGUUUCACAGUUGUCAUGUACCGCACGGCAGCUUCACGAGCUAAGGCCCUUAAGGGCGUAUUUAGCCGCAGCUUCAGGGCGUCUCGCUACGCAAGCUCUAGUGCUGUUGCAACGAGUUCGACACCCGGAGCCUCCAGCUGGCUAACCGGAGGCUCAUCUAGCUCGCUUCCUUCGCUGGACAUUCCCUUCGCUGGUGUCUCUCUUCCACCAUCGCUUUCUGACAAUGUCGAGCCUAGCAAGCUUCAGACCACAACUCUUCCGAAUGGUCUUAAAAUAGCCACUGAGAUGUCUCCGAAUCCAGCAGCUUCCAUUGGUUUAUACGUUGAUUGUGGUUCUAUCUACGAGACGCCUUCUUCCCGUGGAGCGACGCAUUUGCUUGAAAGGAUGGCUUUCAAGAGUACAUUGAACAGAAGCCAUCUUCGCCUUGUAAGGGAGAUAGAGGCUAUUGGAGGCAACACCUCAGCCUCUGCUUCCCGAGAGCAGAUGGGUUACACAGUCGAUGCUCUCAAAACGUAUCUUCCCCAAAUGGCUGAAGUGCUUAUCGACAGUGUGAGGAACCCUGCUUUCUUGGACUGGGAAGUGAACGAAGAGCUCCGAAAAGUGAAAGUGGAGAUUGGAGAACUUGCAAAGAACCCUAUGGGUUUACUCUUGGAGGCGGUUCAUUCUGCUGGUUACUCUGGCGCAUUGGCUAAUCCGUUGUACGCACCUGAAUCUGCAAUCGAUGGAUUGACUGGGGAAGUCUUGGAGGAGUUCGUUUCCGAGAACUUCACUGCACCACGAAUGGUAUUAGCAGCUAGUGGAGUUGAACAUGAAGAACUUUUGAAAGUGGUUGAGCCAUUACUCUCUGACCUCCCUAAUGUAACCCGACCUGCAGAGCCAAAGUCUCAAUAUGUUGGUGGAGAUUUCCGUCAACAUACUGGUGGAGAGGCUACACAUUUUGCGCUUGCUUUUGGAGUACCAGGUUGGGAUAACGAGAAGGAAGCUGUUAUGGCCACUACUCUUCAGAUGCUUAUGGGAGGAGGUGGCUCAUUCUCUGCGGGAGGUCCUGGAAAGGGAAUGCACUCUUGGCUCUAUCUUCGCCUUUUGAACGAAUAUCAGCAGUUUCAGUCAUGCACUGCAUUCACUAGCAUCUUUAACAGUACCGGAUUGUUUGGAAUCUAUGGUUGCACGAGUCCUGAGUUUGCUGCAAAGGGAAUUGAAUUAGUAACUGAUGAAAUGAAAGCUGUUGCUGAAGGAAAAGUUAACCAGAAACAUCUUGAUCGUGCCAAGGCAGCAACGAAAUCUGCAAUUCUGAUGAAUCUUGAAUCUCGGAUGAUUGUGGCAGAAGAUAUAGGUAGACAGAUACUUACAUACGGAGAGAGGAAACCAGUUGACCAAUUCUUGAAGAAAGUAGACCAACUCAACUUAAAGGACAUUGCAGAUUUCACCAGCAAGGUUAUUGCAAAGCCUUUGACGAUGGCAUCUUUCGGAGAAGUGUUAAGUGUUCCAAGCUAUGAUGCCGUAAGCAGCAGAUUCACUUGAAGCUGCUCGAAGCAGACGAUCAAUUUUUGCAUCAGAAGAAAAGAGUUGGGACCUGUAUAAUAAAGAAAGCCUUUCUUUCUGUGAGAUAAAAAAAAUUGUUUCAUCUCACAGUUUCUGAAUUAUGACCGAAGAUAAGCCCAUAAAAUGGCGACAAAUCACGUCCAUGUCUCCAACAUUUUUGCGUAUUUUUCUUCGGUUCGUGAAUAAUGAUUGAUACAGUUACCAACUUUUUACUCUUUUCUUUUUCAGCUUCAAUUUAUAUUUCUUUUUUUCUUGUUGGAGAAUUUUAGGAAACUUGGAUACAGACAUGAAGAUAGAGGCACUUAAUAUUUAUCAGUAUUUUGUGAACUCUGUUAAUGCUUAAUAGAUCUUGGCUACUUUGGUUCAAAAUAAUGGAAGAAACUCAUCGUCA